GGGAGGCCGGAAGUUGCGCACUCAUUACUCGCCCUUUCAAAAUGCCGCCGAAGCCUUAGGUCCCGCGACUGCCACCCCCACCCUGGGCUCCGAGGGGGUGCACCUCAUGGAGCAGCCGUAAGUUGUAUCAACAAGCUGAGAUAUCUUCACUGCCAAAAUGACAUCAUAUUCCACCUCUGCCCAGUGUUCAACAUCUGAGAGUGCCUGCAGGAUCUCUCCAGAGCGAAUCAAUCAGGUACGACCAAAACUGCCACUUUUGAAGAUACUGCAGGCAGCAGGUGCACAAGGUGAAAUGUUCACUGUUAAAGAGGUAAUGCACUAUCUUGGCCAAUAUAUAAUGGUGAAGCAGCUUUAUGAUCCUCGAGAGCAGCAUAUGGUGUAUUGUGGCGGAGAUCUUUUGGGAGAACUAUUAGGACGUCAGAGCUUCUCUGUGAAAGAUCCAAGCCCUCUCUAUGAUAUGCUAAGAAAGAAUCUUGUCACUUUAGCCACUGCCACUACAGAUGCUGCUCAGACUCUCGCUCUCGCACAGGAUCACAGUAUGGAUAUUCCAAGUCAAGACCAACCGAAGCAAAGUGCACAGGAAAUUUCCAGUCCCAGAAAAAGAACUGAAGAAGGUGAUGUUCGCACACUGCCUACCUCACAACAUAAACACAAAAAUUCUAGAGGAGAUGAAGACUUGAUAGAAAAUUUAACCCAAGGUGAGACUUCUAGGCUGGACCUUGGGUUUGAGGAGUGGGAUGUAGCUGGCCUGCCUUGGUGGUUUCUAGGAAACUUGAGAAACAACUAUACACCUAGAAGUAAUGGCUCAACUGAUUUACAGACACAUCAGGAUAUAGGUACUGCCAUUGUUUCAGAUACUACAGAUGAUUUGUGGUUUUUAAAUGAGUCAGUAUCAGAGCAGUUAGGUGUUGGAAUAAAAGUUGAAGCUGCUGAUACUGAACAAGCAAGUGAAGAAGUAGGGAAAGUGAGUGACAAAAAGAUGAUUGAAGCGGGGAAAAAUGAUGACCUUGAGGAUUCCAAGUCCUUAAGUGAUGAUACUGAUGUUGAAGUUACCUCUGAGGAUGAAUGGCAGUGUACAGAGUGUAAGAAAUUUAAUUCUCCAAGCAAGAGGUACUGUUUUCGUUGCUGGGCCUUGAGAAAGGAUUGGUAUUCUGAUUGUUCUAAGUUAACACAUUCUCUCUCCACAUCUGAUAUCACUGCCAUACCUGAAAAGACGGAAAAUGAAGGAAUUGAUGUCCCUGAUUGCCGAAGAACCGUUUCGGCUCCUGUUGUUAGACCUAAAGAUGUACCUGUCAAGGAAGACAAUUCCAAACUGUUUAAUCCCUGCAGCUCAGUGGAAUUUUUGGAUUUGGCUCACAGUUCUGAAAGCCCAGAGACCAUCUCAAGCAUGGGAGAACAAUCAGAUAGCAUUUUUGAACAGAAAGUGGAUACAGAAAAUAUGGAGGAUUGCCAGAGUAUCUUGAAGCCUUGUAGCUUAUGUGAAAGAAGACCACGAGAUGGAAACAUUAUUCAUGGGAGGACAAGCCAUCUUACCACUUGUUUUCACUGUGCUAGAAGACUAAAGAAGGCUGGAGCCUCAUGUCCUAUUUGCCAGAAGGAGAUUCAGUUAGUUAUUAAGGUUUUUAUAGCAUAGUUGAAUCGAUUGGGAAAUACUAGAGGACCAGGUUAUAUCUUCAAACUUCAGAAUUGAGCCUGUCUGCCAAGUAUGGCCCAUUCCCUGUGUUUGUUUAUUCAUGUAAACAUCUGUGUUCUGGUCACUUUUGGUUGUGAACUUAGGGAAUUUGAGAGUGGGUAGUUUAGGUCAUCAGUUUGGAGACUUCAUUAACAGAAAGAUAAAAAUACAUAAGCUACUUCAUUCUCCCUCCAAAGAUGAAGGUCUGAGAGGGAACAACCAUGGAUGUGAACCUAAAAGUAUAUUUAUUCAUUAACUUAGCAGUUUAUCUGAAGACUAAUCCCUUCUUUAGUGUUUGGUUUUUUGUUUUUUGUUUUUUUUUUUUGGUACUGAGAUUUGAACCCAGGGUUUCACGCUUGCCAGGCAGGCACUGUACCCCUGAGCUAUAUCCCUGGCCCUAAUUCUGUUUCUUACUGUCCUAUUAAUGUAAUGCUCUGGCAUCAAAAUCCUAAAUACUAGAAAAAUACUAGGGCUAACACUGAAAAAGCAAAUUAUCUGACUCAUCAGAUUCAAAGGUGCUGUGAAUCACUUCAUGUUGUAGAAAAGCUGCUUAGUUCUUCUAGGCCGAAAGUGAGAAGUUUGGGGGAGUUUUGGUUUCAUUUGCAUUUUGGGUGCUGGGGAUAAACCCCUGGAUUUGAGCAUGUGCUUUGCUACUAAGCUGCAUUCUUUAUUGUUACCACGAAAGCUAGGCUCUCACUGUGUUAGCUGGCUGCCUCGAACUGCAGUUCUGUGUAGCUGGGACUACAGAUUUCUGUCAUUGUGUCCAGUUCAAGAAAAAAAAAAGCUGAAAUACAAGCAAUUUCUUCUCAUAUAUAUUAGUCAGUGGUGAAAAACAAUUUUGUAACAUACCUUUGAAAUAAUUUUAGAAAUCAUAGCUUUUAUUUAUUUUUAUUGGUUAGCUUUGUAUGUAUUUCGCUUCUGGAAACAUCAUGGUAAGUUAAUCAGUGCUAUAUAUCUACACAUGUCAGACCAGUCUCUUUGCCUUUAUUUAUUUUUUUUUUUUUUUGAGACAGGGUCUUGCUGUGUAGUUUAGGGUGACCUUGAACUCACUAUG